ACAAUCUCGACAUAUCAGAAUCAUAUUACCUUGGAGAUCAGGAGAUAAACCGAUCAACCGUCACCUCUGCACAUUCGACGCCUAGUUCGACCAAGAUGCCCAACCGCUCAAUCAUCACGGUAGACCUGUUCAAGGUCGACCCCGCUCACCUACCCGAUCUCAACUCGAGGCUGACCUCACUUUGGGCCCAUUAUCCUAUCGAUCUGGUCGUCGGGACAUCAUCACUUACGGACCCUAUCGAGCGUUCCCGGGGGUUCCAGUCGAUACUCUUACGCCGUCAUGAGACGCUAGACGAAUGCAGAGCGUUCGAAGAGAAAGACUCUUAUCAAGACAUAAUACGGACGGGCUUGCAAGAUCACCUCAGAUUCACAAUCGAAACGGACCUCAAUGUCGUACCCUCUACUUCGACCGAAAUCGAGAUGUCCGACCUCUUGAUCCACGUUGUCUUGUUCAAAUUCAAACCCGACCACACCGCCAAGAUCUCGCAAUUCCAAACCGAGAUCCAAAACCUGUCUCAUCUCUCCUGCGUAACCUCCGAGCGGCUCGUCUGCCAAGGCCCAGUCCGCGUCCCGGUCCCUCCAUCAUCAGCGCCGACAGCAUCAGCGUCAUCAGAGCCAGAGACCGACGACGCCCUGAGACAGGGAUACCACCUCUGUCUCAUCAGCCACCACCCCGGUCUCCCUGGACUUGCCGCUUAUCAAAGUUCCGCAGAACAUCACGACGUGACGACCCGUUUGAUGUUCCCAUUCAAAGAAGAACUGACCCGGUUCGAUUUCUUGGUCGAUCCGAGUCGUCUCUCGACCAAGACCAUGAUCCCGGCCGCUCCGCUUGGUGAGCGCGUGCCGAGUUGAACCCUACACUGCCGAUAAACGAAUCGACUUGUGAAACACUUUCCGACUAUGCGGAUGGAUCGAUCCGGAUACAUGUCAUUUCGCGCGGAGCAUAUUUCGCCCCAUGUUCGGGGUUGUCGCAGGGUUCGACGGUCGUCGGAGUGUGCGAGGACAUACAUGUAGAACAGGUAGCAUAUGGGUAUAGAUGGG